AUGGCUAUCGCUAAGAACCAACCCAUCUUGAAGAACCACUUCAGAAAGCACUGGCAGGAGCGCGUCAAGGUGCACUUGGACCAGGCUGGCAAGAAGGUGUCCAGACGCCAGGCCAGAGCUGUCAAGGCCGCCAGAGUGGCUCCUAAGCCAGUGGAUCUCUUGAGACCCGUGGUCAGAUGCCCAACCAUCAAGUACAACAGAAAGGUCAGAGCCGGUAGAGGUUUCACUUUGGCCGAGGUUAAGGCUGCUGGUUUGACCCCUAAAUACGCCAGAACCGUUGGUAUUGCUGUGGACCACAGAAGACAGAACCGUUCUCAGGAGACCUUCGAGCUCAACGUCGCCAGAUUGAACGAAUACAAGUCUAAGUUGGUCGUUUUCGACAAGAAGACCAAGGCUGAGGGUGAGCAGGUUUCCGUCCCUGCUGCCUUCCCUAUCUCCCAGCCUGCUCCAGAGACCGCCCCAAGAGCCGUCGAGGUGCCAGAGAAGACCGCCUACGAGACCUUGAGAGCUGCUCAGAACCAGAAGAAGUACAAGGGCAUCAGAGACAAGAGAACCAAGGAGAAGGAGGAGGCCGAGGCUGACAAGAAGAAGAAAUAA